CUUGAGCAAACGGAGUCGUCUCGAAGCUUGACAAUAUCGAUUCGGCGGCAAACUAGUAGGCGAUUAACGACUUUUCAUCAUGGGUUAUUCAUUCGAAGAUGUCAUCCAAGACCCUUCUGAGGGCAAGAUUAUCAUUCUAGUUCUCAUUACCAUUCCCCUUUGUAUUCUGGCUACCAUACUGCGUGUGGUCGCCACCAAGAGGGGAGGUCGAAAGUUGGCCUGGGAUGACCUUUUUGCUGUGCUGGCUCUGGUCGGCUUCCUGGUGUAUGCAAUCUGUCCACUAGCAACCGUAGCCGUUGCAACCGACAUGAGCGACUACGACGUAGAGGUCCUCAGCGCCAAGCUUGCAUACAUCGUGACUCCGUUUUUCUACGUCAACCAGCUGUUCGCCAAGGGCAGUCUAUUUGUUCUCUACCACCGAAUCUUCCAGACUGACCCCACUUUCAAAAUAUGGGUCUAUGUGCUCGCCGCCAUCCACGUGUGUUGGUUCAUUACCUUUAUAUUCUUGCUACUAUUCCUGUGUAAUCCCAUUUCCAAGUGGUGGGAUGUGGACGGGACCCAGCCUGGUUCAUGUAUCAACGGAAACGCAUUCCUGGUUUCGGAGGAGACCAUCAACUCAGCCAUGGACUUUGCCAUGAUUGCACUCGCAGUCUACGUGGUCCAGAAGCUGCAGAUGAAGAGGCUCGUGAAGACGAAGCUCACAUUUAUCUUUGUGAUGGGGGGUCUGUCUGGUGUGAUAGGCUUCGUCAAGAUUGGACUGGUCUACUCUGCGGCCAAUACUGCUGGGCAGGAAAACAACAGCAAUGCGUUCUGGGAUCUCCUACAGAUGGCAACGAGUAUCUUCUGCGCCUGCGCACCGAUGUACAAGUCCUUCAUUCCGCUACAGAAUAUUUGGAGGCGUAUUGCAUCGUCGAUGAGAUCCUGGAGUAGCAAGACCCGCCUGUACCUGAUCCUUCCCAAUUCGAGCAAGGGAGAAGCAAUGACAGGAAGCGGCGAGACUCCAGGCCGCAAAGGUGUUCCGCAGACGGCUGAGAAUGGGGCCCGCUUCUUGCGUGGCUCGCAAAUCGAAUACACUUGGUUCGAUGGCGAGCUGGUAGACGACAUCCAACUAUCGAACCGAGAUCCUUCUGAGUCAAAACAUGGACGAGUUGAACAAACUGUUGACAUGGUAUAAUACCGAGCGGCUGGUUGGAAACCCUUUCGUAUGUGUGCCAGAGUUCAAUUCAGACAGGAGGCCAGGGUUGAGCACCCUGCCAAGGUGAGGGGACAAAACGAGCACAGGUAUCUGUAAAUUGUUCAAAGCAGCCUAGAAUGGACCGAG